UGAAGAUAUCAGAUCAGACGAUGGGCCUGUAGCAUGGAGCAUCCCUGGCAUGGGGGCACCAGGCGGAAUGGCCCAGGAUAUACACUACCUCAGAGAGAGGUGCUUGAGGAGAAGUCUGGCUAUCCUGCAGAUGCCAGGCUUCAAGCAUUGCGCAAGCGCCAUGCGGAGGUCAUGACUGUGUGUCGGCCGCCCAACGCGCAGCCCAAAACGGCGCCCCCAACGGCGCCCAACAGAAUGCAGGGAGCUCCCAGCCAAAGCUUUGGGCCUCCCUUCAGCAAGCAGAAGGAGCUUCAAAGACAAUGGGCUACUGAGCAAGAUGAGGAGAAUGAAGAUGAAGACCAUGAAGAAGAGGAAGAAGAAGAAGAAGAAACCAUAGAAGGCGAGUUCGAAGAUGACGGAGAACCCUUGGUCGACGGGGACAAUCACAACUCCUUUCGACGUGGCUGGGAUGAGGAGAUUGCGCAAGCAAAGGCAUUAGCGAAGGUUGAAGCUCUGGCCCAAGCACGAAAGGAGCUCCUUCACGAACGCUCUAGAUGGCAAGAGGAGAAGAAGAGCUUGGAAGAAGAGCUAAAGGCGAUGAAAGCAACAUGCCUAGCCACUCCCAAAGCCCAAGGCGACGAUCCUGGAGGCCUGGACCUCUUUGAAGUGGGUCCCUGGUUGACCAAGCAGCUGCCGAGUCGCCCGAGACGGCAAAGUGAGGUGCCCGAGGUGCUUCUGGAUUCCUCCCUUUGGACUCUCCUGGCUCAGCAGCCGAAGAACGCCAUCAGUGACCCAUACACCUUGAGCUUUGGUGUCUUUCUUGGAAGUGAAGAUGACAGGCAGGGCGUGCUGCGACUUCAACAACUGAAAUGCUGCCCCAAGGCCUUCAUUUGGCAGCCAAGCGAGGCAUCUGAGACCCAAACAACUUUGCAAGAAGACCUCUGUCGAGCGGAAGAACGCUUUUUGUCCGAGACGUUCAUCCCUUGGGCUGAGGAGCAGGAUAGCAAAGUCGCUUGGCUUCUUUGCAAUGAUGGUGAGGCCUUCACGUUGGGCCGUCCAUUCAUGACCUUUGGCCAGGCAGCAGCCGCAGCCGGAACAAGGUGGCGUUCGGUGGCGCUCGUGCUGGACCGGAUCAGAACAGGUGCUGAGCCAGCCAUUGAGGCGCUGGCGCUUGGAGAUGGUGGACGUCGAAUGGUCUUCGACCUGGGCUGACGGAAAAGUCCGCAGCAUGAAGCGCAUCAGAGGGGCAAAGGGCCGAAUAGGAGCAAGGACGCUAGUAGAG